UGAGUUAUUUGGGUCCUGCGACUCUGCUGAUAAAGUAGAAGAAGGGAUCUGGCUUGUCCUCGUUCGACAGGUCACUGGAAAAUUUCCCAUCACACAACCAACAGUCGCGAUGCGGUCUGCAAAUUCCACUGGGACUGAUCUGGGGGAUCAGAUCGCGAAGACACUCCAAGAGAGGAUCAUGGUGUUUGACGGGGCGAUGGGGACCAUGAUUCAACAGCUUCGUCUGGAGGAGGAAGACUUCCGAGGCCAGGAGUUUGUCAAUCACCCAAAGAGCUUGAAGGGGAACAACGAUCUGUUGUCCAUCACAAAACCCACAGCCAUUUAUCAGAUUCACAAGGACUACCUGGAAGCUGGGGCAGACUUUGUGGAGACAAACACUUUCAGUGGAACAAGAGUGGCGCAGGCUGAUUAUGGUUUGGAAGAAAUGGUCUAUCGACUGAACUUUGAGUCUGCCAAGGUAGCAAGACAAGCGUAUGAUGAUGUCACCAAGGAUACAGGUGUACGGAGGUACGUAGCUGGUGCCAUGGGACCCACAAACAGAACACUCUCCAUCUCCCCAUCGGUGGAGAGACCAGAUUUCAGGAAUGUCACUUUUAAUGAGCUUGUUGAGGCAUAUUCAGAACAAGCACGUGGUCUGUUGGAUGGAGGAGCAGACGUGCUGCUGGUGGAAACGAUAUUUGAUACAGCAAAUUCAAAGGCAGCAUUAUUUGCUAUUGAAGAUGUGUUUGCAAGUGGCUACAAGAAAUGUCCAGUAUUUGUAUCAGGAACCAUUGUUGACAAGAGUGGGCGGACAUUGUCUGGACAAACAACAGAGGCCUUUAUCAUCAGUGUGUCUCACACAGAUGCCAUGUGCCUUGGUCUCAACUGCGCUCUCGGUGCUACAGAAAUGCGUCCAUUUAUUGAGUCUGUCAGCAACAAUACAACAGCUUAUGUCAUCUGUUACCCUAAUGCAGGUCUACCCAACACGUUUGGCGACUACGAUGAGACUCCCGAGAUGACUGCUGGCCAUCUAAAGGAGUUUGCCAAGGCUGGGAUGGUGAACAUUGUGGGUGGGUGCUGUGGAACAACCCCAGCCCACAUCAAGGCAAUUGCUGAAGCUGUGUCCAAGUUCAAGCCUAGGGUCCCUCCGUCCAGCCUUCACACAGGUCACAUGCUGCUCUCAGGUCUUGAGCCAUCCUAUAUCGGCCCACACACCAACUUUGUGAACAUCGGUGAGAGGUGCAAUGUUGCUGGGUCGAAGAGAUUCUGUAGACUGAUCAAGAAUGGGAACUAUGAGGAAGCACUGAGUGUUGCUAAGAUACAGGUUGAGAAUGGAGCCCAGGUACUUGACAUCAACAUGGACGAAGGGAUGCUGGAUGGGGUGUCGGCUAUGCGGAAGUUUGUCAAUCUCAUUUCAUCUGAACCUGAUAUUGCAAAGGUGCCCCUGUGUAUUGACUCGUCCAACUUCGCAGUGGUGGAGGCGGGGCUGAUGUGCACGCAGGGGAAGUGUAUUGUCAACAGUAUAAGUCUCAAGGAGGGGGUGGACGACUUCAAGGCCAAGGCCAGAAAAGUCAAGCAGUAUGGAGCAGCAGUCGUUGUCAUGGCGUUUGAUGAAGAAGGCCAGGCUACUGACUAUGAGAGGAAAGCGGCCAUCUGUACACGCUCCUACAACAUCCUGGUGGACGAAGUGGGCUUCAACCCUAACGACAUCAUCUUCGACCCCAAUAUCCUCACCAUUGCAACUGGUAUUGACGAGCACAACGAGUAUGGCAUAGACUUCAUAAAGGCCAUCGAAAUCAUCAAGAAAACCCUGCCAGGAGCCCGAGUUAGUGGGGGCGUGUCCAACUUCUCCUUCUCGUUCAGAGGCAAAGAGACAAUCCGAGAAGCUAUGCACAGUGUUUUCCUCUAUCAUGCUAUCAAGUCCGGUAUGGACAUGGGCAUCGUCAAUGCUGGCUGUCUGCCCGUGUAUGACGACAUUGACAAGAAACUUCUGGAACUCUGUGAAAACUUGCUGUGGAAUAAAGACCCAGAGGGUACAGAAAAACUGCUGGUAUUUGCUGAGUCUAUGGGUGCUGAUGCCAAGAAGGCUGUCGUGAGUGAUGAAUGGAGAAAGCUGUCUGUGGAGGAUAGGCUGGAGCACUCCCUUGUCAAGGGAAUUGACAAGUAUGUUGUAGCGGAUACCGAGGAGGCUCGAUGCAACAAGGUUCUAUAUCCCCGGCCACUCAACGUCAUCGAGAGACCCCUCAUGAAGGGAAUGAGUGUGGUAGGCGAUCUGUUUGGAGCUGGGAAGAUGUUUUUACCUCAAGUCAUCAAGUCGGCCAGAGUGAUGAAGAAAGCCGUAGCUCACCUGAUUCCUUUCAUGGAGGAGGAGAGACAGAAUAAUCUGCAGAACUCAGGAGGAUGUGAUGACUUGGCAAGUGCAUAUGUCGGGACAGUUGUGUUGGCCACAGUGAAGGGGGACGUGCACGACAUUGGGAAGAACAUCGUUGGUGUUGUGCUUGGCUGCAACAAUUACAAUGUGAUCGACUUGGGCGUCAUGACCCCUUGUGAGAAGAUUCUAGAGACAGCCAUUCAGGAGAAAGCAGAUAUAGUGGGGCUGUCUGGCUUGAUCACACCUUCAUUGGAUGAAAUGAUUCAUGUUGCCAAGGAGAUGGACCGCAUUGGGAUGAAAAUUCCUCUUCUCAUUGGUGGAGCUACCACAUCCAAACAACACACAGCAGUGAAGAUUGCCCCUCGCUACAAGCAGCCCACGAUCCAUGUACUUGAUGCCUCCAAGAGUGUCGUGGUGUGCUCGGCUCUAAUGAAUGAGACUGUAUAUGAUGAAUAUACUGAAGACAUCAGCGAGGAAUACGAGGACAUCCGAAUAGAGCACUAUGACUCUCUGAAGGAAAGGAAGUUCCUGAAGCUGAGCAAGGCCCGUGACAAGGGGAUGAACAUCGACUGGGUGGCAGAUAUUACACCAAUUCAGCCGACCUUCUUUGGUGUAAAGAAGUUUGAAGACUAUGACUUGUCUCGCUUGAUUCCCUACAUUGACUGGAAGCCCUUCUUCGAUGUCUGGCAGCUCCGGGGGAAAUAUCCCAACAGGGGAUACCCCAAGAUCUUCAACGAUAAGGAUGUAGGUGAGACAGCCAAGAAGGUUUUCGACGAGGCACAGAGGAUGUUGGAGAAGAUUGUGAAGGAGAAGAAACUCCGUGCCAGUGGUGUCAUCGCUUUCUACCGAGCCAACAGCGUCGGGGAUGACAUUGAGGUGUAUGAUGACAAUGGAGAGAAGAUAGAAACGUUGUAUGGCCUGAGACAACAGGCCGAGAAAGAGCCCCAGGCGACGGACCCAUACCUGUGUCUUUCUGACUUCGUGGCCCCCAAGUCCAGCAGUGUAGAGGACUAUGUUGGAUUGUUUGCUGUUUCUGCAGGCUUCGGCACGAGUGAGAUGUGUCAGCAAUUUACAGCCCAGCACGAUGACUACAGCAUCAUUAUGGCAAAGGCACUCGUAGACAGACUGGCAGAGGCCUAUGCUGAAGAGAUGCAUGAGCGGGUACGGAAGGAGUUCUGGGGCUACUGCACUGACGAAAACAUGAGUGCUCACGAUCUACAUAAAAUCAAAUAUCAGGGAAUUCGGCCGGCCCCAGGCUACCCAAGCCAGCCUGACCACACAGAGAAGCAGGCAAUGUGGCGGCUGCUAGAUGGUGAUUCCGUCGGCAUCAAGCUGACCGAGUCUCUCGCCAUGGACCCUGCUGCAUCAGUGUCUGGCCUGUACUUUGCCAACCCAUGCUCCUCCUACUUCUCGGUGGGCAAGGUGGACCGAGACCAGGUACAAGACUACGCUGAGAGGAAGAAGACAGAUGUGAGGGUGGUAGAGAAAUGGCUGGCCCCAGUGCUGGCCUAUGAACCAGAAUAACCAUUCUAUGAUACAGAUCGUCACAAACAAUAGACCAUCUGCCACUGGUCAUGUGUGAACUCUGUGAUAUUCCAGGACAGGGGCCACUGUGUUUAAUGUCAUACUGCUGUUAAAUCACAACACUCUGGGAACAAAGACAACAUUGCCUUUGACCACAACACGGAUGGGACAUUGUUGUUUGCACAGUUUAAUGCAUCCUCGAUAAUCUCCAGGGUAUACGUUACGAUCACUCUCCACUAUACCCUGGAUGCAUCCACGGCUUGGGGCGAUGAUUUUAUUACCUCCCUUGGCUGGCUCCGCAUUC